GGCGCCAUGACCCUGUGGCCUCGUCCGUUGUCAAUUUAGUGGCGGGAAAAGCGGCCCCUUCUAGGGUAGAGUGUGCUGGUCCUGAGUAGUAGCUCUUCGCGCCGCGGAUGGAGACGCAGUCCGAGGAGCAAGCCGCUGCCGAGGCCGCGGACUCCAGAGGGGAAGGCGAGCCGCCACAAGUCGCCGGCGCCCAGGCGGCGCGUCCCGAGGACCGCUUGACCCUGCUGCUCAGGGUAAGAGCACAGACCAAACAACAACUCUUGGAAUAUAAAUCAAUGUUUGAUGCAAAUGAAGAAAAAACUCCAGAACAAAUCAUGCAGGAAAAGCAAAUUGAAGCUAAAAUUGAAGAACUGGAAAAAGAAAUUGAAGAGGCAAAAGUUGCUUUUGAAAUGAAAAAGCUUGCAUUAGACAGGAUGCAGCUUUCAAGUGCAGUUAAAAAACACCUGGAGAAAAUUAACACCAAGACUAGUGUGCUCAUGGAUAACAUGAAACAAAUACUAAGUCUAAAUAAAUUAGUAAUGAAAUCACAGCAGGAAACUCGGGACUUGGAAGGCAAAUUGCUUGAUGUUAGAAAGAAGAGAUUGCAGUUAAAACAAGGUUCAGAAAGGAAGCUUUUAGAAAUACAGACUGAAAAGAACAAACAGAAAGAUGAUUUGCGUAGUAUGGAAAAUUCGGGCAAGAUAAAGACCAUACAACAAAACCUGGAGACGGAGAUACAGAUUACUACAGUUAUUCAGCAUGUGUUCCAGUACGCAGUCCUCUCACUGUUGUGGCCUCUCCUGUUGCAGAGCACAGGCUCAGUGGCCAUUGCUCACGGGCUCAGCCGCUCUGUGGCACGUGCGAUCUUCCCGGACCGGGGCACGAACCCGUGUCCCCUGCAUCGGCAGGCGGACUCUCAACCCUUGCGCCACCAGGGAAGCCCUUUCUUUACUUUUUGAAUUAUAAAAUGUCUCUGGAACUGUUGAGAUGAAAUACUUAAAACUGCCAGUUUUCAAUUAUGAAGAUACCCAGUUAAAACUGCCAAUUAUAUGUAAAGCAUAUCCUUAUAGAAUAUGAGGUCUUAUAUCUCACCGUAAGAAAUUCUUUCCCAGGUCUUACUCCUAUUUUUUAGUAGCAGCGGGUGAUUUGAUUAGGAAUAACCAGAUCCCCUAGGCUAACGUCAAGUGGAAGAUUGUAUAAUAAGUACAGAAUCAUUUUAAUUUUCUUUGGCACAUGUUCCUUACUACUGCUUUGAAAUUUCUGUAUUCUGUGUUUCUUAGUUUUUAUUCAUAUCCUCUAAAUUAGUGUUAAUUUUGAUUUAAUGAAACUAUUGCUUUGUUGAACGGAAUAUAGCUUUGCCCAAUCUUAGGAGCUCUCUUUGUUCCGAAAAGAAAAAGAGCGCUUCGUGGUUCAGUCAUGUUUGAAUGCUUUACCUCCACCUGCCUUUGUAAAUUUGACUGGAUUUAUAUACACUAUCCCUUUCAUUCACUUAUGGCAAAAAUGUGCCUUAUAUAGGCCAAGGUUUUUCA